UAGGCUGUGAAAAAGGAUGUGUAGCUAAUUUGUUUAAGAGUGUACUCUCUUGACUGUUGAAGGGUUUCAGGUGUUCUGCUGCCUCCUUGUUUGCAACAAAUAUGGAUCAAGUGACGCCAACCACAGAAGAUUACUGGACCUUUGACGACUAUGACAAUUACACCAUGUCCCCUGACAUUAGCAGGAGUCAUGCAGUCCCAUGCUUGCAGGAGGACAUCUACAGUUUUGCACAGAAGUACUCCCCUGUUGUCUACAGUCUGGUGUUCCUCCUGGCUGUUCUGGGCAACGUGCUGGUGCUGUGUGUGAUCCGACGUUACCGAAACUCUCAGAGCAGAGGAGCCUGUGCCUUCUCUCUGACGGACACCUUCCUCCUUCACCUGGCCAUCUCUGACCUUCUGCUGGCCUUCACCCUGCCUCUGUUUGCAGUGCAGUGGGCUCACCAGUGGGUGUUCGGCUUGCCUGUCUGCAAGAUCUCCGGUGCCCUCUUCUCCCUGAACCGCUACAGUGGCAUCCUUUUCCUGGCCUGCAUCAGCUUUGACCGAUACCUGGCCAUCGUUCACGCUGUCAGCUCUGGCUGGAAGCGCAACACCUGCCAUGCUCAGGUUGCGUGUGCCCUGAUCUGGGUGGGCUGCUUGGGCCUGAGUGGAGUGGACAUGACUUUCAAACAGGUAGUGGAGGUGAACACUAUAGGCCAUCAUAAGGCACUCCUGUGCCAGGUGUGGUUCACUAAGAACUCCACACAGUGGCAGGUGGGGCAGCAGCUGAUCAGUGUGGUUCUGGGUUUUGGGCUCCCCCUGCUGAUCAUGCUCUACUGCUACAUCCGCAUCUUCAAGUCUCUCUGCAAUGCCAGUCGCCGCCAAAAGCGCAAGUCUCUCCGCCUCAUCAUCUCCUUAGUGUCUGUGUUUGUCAUCUGCUGGGCACCAUACAACUGCUUCCAGCUGGCAGACAGUCUGCACAGGCUGGGUGUGGUGACUGGAGGUUGCCAGUUCGGCCGUGUGGUGGACAUUGGCACUCUGAUCACUGAAAGCGUGGGCCUGUCGCACUGCGCCCUGAACCCUCUGCUGUACGGCUUCGUCGGGGUGAAGUUCAGGAGGGAGAUGGUCAGGAUGUGUAAGGGGCUGCUGGGACAGAGGGGCUUGCUGGGGAUGGAGGAAUGGAGGGGGAGGAGGAUGAGAAGAACCGCAGGCUCUUGUAGCUCUGCAGAGAGCGAAAACACCUCCUAUUCUGUCAUGGUGUGACACUAUUUAGGGAGACGGGGAUAAAGAGGGAGGUGUGUGUGUGUGUGGCUGUGUGGCUGUGUGUGUGUGCGAGGGGGUUGGGGUUGAGAGAAAAGUAGAGAGAAACGAAGAAGUUCAGUUUAAUUAAGACUUUAAAUGUUCUCAGCAGGAAAGGUUUUCUGCCUGUCAUGUUUAUCUUCCACUGGUGCUCUGCCAUCUAAUUGUUUGUCCAGUGCAGCUUAUGACACAUUCUGAUACUGUCAUGUCAACUUUUGGUAAAAAUUGUUGACUUUCGCGUUCAUAUGUCAAAUCUUGUGAAAUGUAGAUUUCUUCAUACUCGUGGAAAAGCUUGUUCAGCAAUUAAGAGAAGUCGUGUGCGGCCUCAUAUCUCACAUCCUUACACUCAGUAGAUUUUUCUCAUCAGAUUCCACACUCAGAUAGUUUGAAGAAAAAAAAAACAGUUCUGCCUUUUAAAACAGUGAAAAUGGUUGUAUAUGUUGAAAAGCUGUACAUGUUGCAUUUGUCAUUUUGCAUUUCUUUUUUUCAUGAUCCACAUGCAGCUGUUCUCUCAGCUGCCUGCUUCAAAGUUGAACUGUGCUGUAAAAAGGGGAAAUUAAUACAAUGACUCGUUUAGAAUUAUGAAGAACCCAUUCUCUUUGUUCUGUACAAAGAUUUUUAUGAUAAAUAUUUUGAAAUAAAAAUAUAGUCUCGUGUUCAUAUAUUCA